AUCACGUUGACUCCGGUUACGUUGAUCGAACCAUUCCUUGCAUAGAUUUCUGGAUGGACAUCCAAGUGAAGCGAGUGAAGAAGUGGCUUCAACAAUCUGGAGGAUUCCAAUCGAACAAUGUAAUUGUUUUUUUUUUCCUUUCUUUAUUUUAGUGAAAUGUUUGUUUGAUGUGCUAUUCUUGAUAAUGCCAAAAAAUUAUGUAGUUAUUGCUCAAGAUCCUUUUCUUUAUGUUUUAUUUUUGCAAAUUCCGCUUGCUAAGGGGGUCAGGUCCGUAGCUGUUGGUACCUCUAAGUCCCCCCUUGUUGCUAUAGCUGAUGACGGGACAAAGCAGUAUGUUGACAGUCUAAGGCAGGUUGUAGAUGGUGUAAGGCAGGAUGUGGGCGCUCUGAAGCAAGACUUUGGCACAUUCAUGAGUGAGUUGACAGAAGUGAGAAAAAUCAUACUCACUUUACCACAAGAAACAUCUGCGAAAGUCCAAGUGGGUUUGGAUGCAAUGCAGAAGCAUUUAGACCAAAAGUUGAGUGAAAUAGCUUUAUCCAUUACAACCAGCCUGGUUGAAGAACGUACUAAAAAAGAGACCAUUGAGGAUAUCAUUAGGGCUGCUGCGGUUAAAGAUUCAGAGUCGACAAUGGAGUGCGAGGUGGAGAGUGUUGGAAAAAGACGAAAGAAUUUUGAGUUUAUAAAAAAAGAGAAGGGAUUUAGUGAGAAAAAAAGUUAUACAGAGAACACCGAACCUGCGGCUGAGAGGGUAGUGCAUGAUCUUACGCACAUGGAGUUUGACGGGGAUAGUAGCCCCACAAAAUCAAUGUCCCCAAAACAAAAAUUACUAGCGCAAACAGGUCCUUAUGGUGAGAAAGCCAUUGAAGUUUUCUCUAGUUCAGGGGGAAAGGUGGUGGGCUCUUUUCACCUAGAUGUGCCAGUCCUACUUGAGGUGAUGAAGCUUGCGAAAUGGAUGUUCAGCCCAUACUUGGAGUGGAGCUACACUCUGGUGAAGUUUGGGAAGAUGGAACUGUUCAGGAGCUCCAUGUGGACCUUGACUCCCGAAAGAGACAUUUCUGGUGAUGUAAGUCGUUACUGCAUGUGGAUUUUAUAUUUCCGACGUGAUUACUUUGAUCAUUAACAUUUACAUUGUGGUUUCUUGAUUUUAGAUCAUUACUUGCUUUUCCUGGGUGUUGACACACGAGGAAAGGUAGC